AUGUAUUGCCAGCCCAAACCUUUAUUUCGUGUCGCAGAGUUCCAGCCAAACCCGAAUCCCCCCGCACUUCGUAAUCUAGAAUUUUGCCACAGUUUUGUGUAUCUUUUGACUCGCAAUUUUGAAAAGCGUCGCCUUUCUAGCACAAGUGGAUUGAUUAUCUCGAUACAUACCCAAGACACUCUAAAUGGCACCGCCUUUAAUUAUUGCAUUGAAUUGCCUUUAGUCCAGGUGAACCCUGGCCUAAAUGACUUCUGUUUCUGCUCAAAAUACAUGGCGACGCAAAAGCUAUCAUUCUUCCGCAAUGCUCAAUUCUAA